AUGAAAGAGUUAGGGGACUUAGCAUAUUUUCUUGGCAUUGAAGAUGUGAGACAUAGUGAUUCUAUAGUGUUAACUCAAAAGAAAUACACUUUAGAACUUCUUGAGAAAGCAAAUUUGUUGGAUUGUAAAGCUUGUGAUACUCCAGUUGUUAAGGCUAGUAGACUUUCUAUUCAUGAUGGAGUUAAGUUGGGCAAUCCUUGUCAUUACAGAAUAUUGGUAGGUGUUCUGCAGUAUUUAACAGUCACUAGGCCAGAUAUAUGCUUUGCGUUGAAUUAUAUUUCACAAUUUAUGCAUUCUCCAUCUGAUUUACACUUGCAACUUGUUAAGAGAAUCUUGAGAUAUUUGAAAGGAACUGUUGGUCUGGGGAUUACUUUGAACAAAUGUGAUGUAACUAGCUUGAAGGCAUACACAGAUUCUGACUGGGCAGGGUGUCCAGAUACUAGAAGGUCCACUUCUGGUUUUGCUAUUUUCUGGGUUCAAAUUUAG